AUGGCGACGCCAUCGACAUCAACCUUGGAUCAGUCACCUCUCCUACGAUCGCGUUCAUCCUCUACAUUAGGAUCGCUUAGCUCGAACACGUCCAUCAGCAAUGCCUCCCGAAAUCUGAAGCUCCGGCAUAAGACGCGUGCCCUACGCGCCGUCGCCUUUAUCGUAUCUAUAAUCACAGCCCUCUGCGCCGGAUCCAUCACCGUAUUCUCGCUCUACGGGCACCUCUUCCAGUCGCGACUACAUUACACCCAAUUCCAAAUCAACGGCAUCGCUAGUGCCAUGAGCCUCUCAAUGUACCUCCCGGUCCCCGUGAUAGGAUUCCUGUGCGACCGAGUAGGGCCUGGUCCGCUCUCCCUGAUGGCCUCGAUCCUACUAGGAGGUGGCUACGGAUUGGCGGCCGGCUUAUAUCACAAGGGUCUUGAAGAAGUUGAGGAUGGAGGGAAGGGUGUGAAAACUACAUUCCCUCCUAUGCUCUUUGCCUUCGUGGCUAUUGGUAUAGGCACGUCCUGUAUGUACCUAGGCGCCAUUACUACAUGUGCCAAGAACUUUGGGCAAGGCAAAUAUCGAGGCUUGAUGCUGGUUGCUCCUAUCGCGUCAUUUGGUCUUGGUGGAAUGGUUCUUAGUCAGAUCGGGAGUCGGAUUCUCUACGAGACACAGCCGGAUGGAGCUAGAGACGUGAACGUAUUCCAUUUCUUCCUGUUCCUCUGCGUCGUUCUCGCUGUCCUAGGACUCGUUGGUACCUUUUCAUUACGGGUUGUAGAUGAAGAGGACCUCAUCGACGGUGCGGUAGAAGAACUAGAGAGGAGCGGGCUCCUCGAGGGAAGCGAGGUCUUCCGCCGCCGAGCGCAUCGCGACUACGGUGCUAUUGAUGCCAUCGAUGACGAUGCUGGGGCCAUGGAUCCGGCUAGGGACGAGGAUGACGAUGAUGAUAAUGCCAGGCUGAAAAAGGCCUGGCUUCUCAAUGCCGAGACUAGGAGAUUUUUGUCGGAUCAUACAAUGUGGUCGUUUGGUAUCGGCUUUUGGCUUAUCAUUGGACCGGGCGAAGCAUUUAUAAACAAUCUUGGCACCGUGGUUGGAACUUUAUAUUCUCCGAGCACAAGGUCAAAUGAAACGUCCGUGGCGACACACGUUUCUAUUAUGGCUGCGGUGAGCACGGUUGCUCGUUUACUUGCAGCAUCGCUGAGCGAUCUGCUAUCGCCAAGUCCUCAUAGCCAGCACGUCCAAACGGGAUUUCCAACCUCCCUUCCAGAGCUUAGACAAAAGAUAUCAGUCUCACGCAUAGUUAUAUUCAUUGCUGCUGCUAUUAUCUUAUCCAUCGGAACGCUAGUACUGGCCUCCGGUGCAGUUCAGGAGCACGGGGAACGUUUUUGGAUUGUAUCUGGUGCGAUUGGAGCAGGAUAUGGCGCAGUAUUCAGCCUGACACCGAUCAUCGUGACGAUGAUCUGGGGCGUUGAGAACUUCGGCACCAACUUCGGCAUCCUCGCACUCACACCCGCUCUGGGUUCCACGAUGUGGGGUCUUAUUUACUCGGCGGAAUACCAGGCCGGUGCUCAAAAUUCACCUUCGCUGGCUGAAGGGGCUGAUGAAGAUGUAUUCUGUUAUGGCACAAAGUGUUAUUCGUCCACGUUUUGGGCCAUGACGAUCUCCGUGUGGAUCGGGGCGGCUAUGAUUUUCUGGGCUUGGAAAGGCCGAAACGGUUGGUCUAAGAGGGGAAUUGUGAUUUAG